GUAGCGCGCAGGCGUUUGACACGAGACAGCCCCCUAGGUGUCUCACUUUUCUUAGUGUUUGGUGUGUGUGUGCGUGCGUGUGUGUUUGCUGUGUGUGUGUGUGUGUGGCUGGAGCGCGGUGCCGGCCCUGCUCGCACGCUCGCUCGUCUGGCUGCGUUGACGUCAGCGCCGUGUUGAUUUGCUCAGGCGGGGGGAAGAAAGGGGUUUAGUGCGCGUUGAGAGAGCGGGCACUGCGAACUGCCCCGACUAUGCUGUAGCCGCGCUCGCCUCCCCUCUCUCUCUCCCUGCACCGCACGGAAUCAAAAACGUGCCAACUUGGGUUUCGUCUUGUUUACAAACUUGGCUCAAAACGCUGCUGAACGGGGAAGGCUAGCCUCAUGAGUCGGCCUCGUGGAUUGCAUCGGUAUAAUGGAUUUGUCUAAAAUGGGUAUGAUACAGCUCCAAAACCCCAACCACCCCACUGCCCUGCUGCAGAAGGCCAACCAGAUGCGCCUGGCCGGGACUCUGUGCGACGUGGUCAUCAUGGUGGACAACCAGGAGUUCCACGCUCACCGGACUGUGCUUGCCUGCACCAGCAAAAUGUUCGAGAUCCUCUUUCAUCGCAGCAGCCAGCAUUACACCCUGGACUUUCUCUCACCAAAGACCUUUCAGCAGAUAUUGGAGUAUGCUUACACCGCCACGCUGCAGGCCAAGGUGGAGGACUUGGAUGACCUGCUGUAUGCGGCAGAGAUCCUGGAGAUCGAAUACCUGGAGGAGCAAUGCCUCAAGAUACUGGAAACCAUCCAGUCCUCGGAUGACAACGACACGGAGGUCAACCUCAACGACGGGAGCACGGAGGAGGACGAGGAGCGCAAAGGCCACAACGGAGCCAAGAACUCCAAAAAGCAUUCCGUGCAGAGUCCCUAUCUGUCGGGCAGCCAGCAAGUCGCCAUCAUGACCGGCAUGGUGGAUCAAAGUCCCUCGGUCUCCACCUCCUUCGGUGUCUCCACCCUGAGUCCCACCAAAGCCGCCGUGGACAGCCUGAUGAGCAUCGGUCAGUCUCUGCUGCAGCAGGGCUUUGGGGGCGAGCACGCUCUCCAGGGCAACUCCCAGCCCCUGAUGACCGAGAUCAAGACGGAAAUGAUGCAGGUGGACAUGGGCGGCAACGGCAACGACAGCCCUCCGAACAUGGAGUCCAGCGCCUCCAGCAACGGAAGAGCGCAGCGCGAGGACAGGAACCGGGACGGUCCGGGCACGCCGACCCGCAGCAGCGUGAUCACCAGCGCCCGCGAGCUGCACUACGUCCGGGACGAAGCCAUGGGCGACCCGCAGCCGACGGCGGGCGGCCAGAUGGGCCUGGAAGCGAUGGCGGGGAUGACGGAGAAGCAUCUCGCCUCGCUGUACUCCCUGCCCGCCAAUCACAAAGCAGAGGCCUUCAUGUCCAUGCCGGCGUCCAUGGCGGCGUCCAUGGCCUCUGCUCUCCCCAUGUCCCCGGCCCUGGCAAUGUCUAUGGACUUCAGUGCCUACGGGGGACUCCUGCCGCAGAGCUUCAUCCAGAGGGAAUUCUUCAGCAAGCUCGGGGAGCUGGCUGUGGGCAUGAAACCGGACGGCAGGAACCAGCAGGAACGUUGCAAUGUCUGCGGGGCAGAACUACCCGAUAACGAAGCCGUGGAGCAGCACAGGAAGAUGCACAGUGGAAUGAAGACCUACGGCUGUGAGCUGUGCGGGAAGAGCUUCCUGGACAGUCUCCGUCUGCGGAUGCACUUGCUGUCUCACUCGGCUGGUGAGAAGGCCAUCGUCUGUGACCAGUGUGGCGCCCAGUUCCAAACUGAGGAAUCCCUGGAGGCUCAUCGGCAGAUCCACACCGGCUCCGACAUGGCCAUCUUUUGCCUGCUCUGCGGGAAGCGCUUCCAGACGCAGCCGGCGCUGCAGCAGCACAUGGAGGUGCACGCCGGCGUCCGCAGCUACAUUUGCAGCGAAUGCAACCGGACUUUCCCCAGCCACACUGCGCUCAAGCGCCACCUGCGCUCGCACACAGCAGGGGACCAUCCGUACGAGUGCGAGUUCUGCGGGAGCUGCUUCCGCGACGAGAGCACGUUGAAGGGCCACAAGCGCAUCCACACCGGGGAGAAGCCCUACGAAUGUAACGGCUGCGGGAAGAAGUUCAGCCUCAAGCACCAGCUGGAGACCCACUACCGCGUGCACACAGGUGAGAAGCCAUUUGAGUGCAAGCUUUGCCACCAGCGAUCCAGGGACUACUCGGCCAUGAUCAAGCACCUGCGCACCCACAACGGCGCCUCGCCCUACCAAUGCACCAUCUGCCUGGAUUACUGCCCCAGCCUGUCCGCCAUGCAGAAGCACAUGAAGGGCCACAAGCCCGAAGACGUGCCCCCGGACUGGCGCAUAGAGAAGACCUACCUGUACCUCUGCUACGUCUGAGGCCCGGGAGAGUGAACGGAG